AUGGAUCAAUAUUUAUUAGACAAUUGCGCAUCUUUAGCGUCAAAAGAUGUCGAGAUCAAUUCGUUAACUUCUUUUCAUACAGCUGAAUCCAUCAAAGAUGUAAUAAAAGACUUGGCUGUCAAACGGAAUCUUCCCUUAGGCGGAAAGCUGAUUACUGUAAAAGAAAAUAUGUGUACAAAAUAUUGGACUACUUCAGCCAGUUCUGAGAUUUUGAGUGAUUAUGUAUCUCCUUUUGAAGCUACUUUAGUGGAGAAUCUCGAAAAAAACGGUGGAGUAAUUAUUGGCAAGACAAAUAUGGAUGAAUUUGCAAUGGGAACAAGUACCCAUAACAAUUUACAUGGGAGAACAGCAUUCCCACAGGUUAAAGAUGAAUUAUACCAGGUUGGUGGAAGCUCUGGUGGAUGUGCCGCAUCCGUCGCUGCUGAUUUAUCUUUUGCAUCCAUCGGUACAGACACAGGAGGAUCAGUACGCCUACCUGCUGCAUAUGUCGGAUGCGUCGGUUUCAAACCUUCUUUUGGACGAAUUUCUCGUUAUGGCGUUAUCCCAUUUGCGCAUAGCAUGGAUACUGUCGGAAUUGUUACUAAGGAUGUUGAAAGUACACAAACAGUGUACAAUGUGCUGAAUCAACCGGAUUCCAAAGAUGCUACGUGUUUGUCAUUACAAUGGCGUAAAACGAUCGAUGAGCAUUGUAAAAAAUUUAAGUCAACAGAAAAAGCUAUAGUAAUUGGAGUACCAACGAAUUGGAAUAUUGCUGAAACCCAUCCAGAGGUCUUAUGCAAAUGGAAUGAAUUUAUUUCCUUGUUGAAGUCACAAGGUUGUGAGAUUCGUGAAAUUCAACUUCCUAAUUCCCUAUAUGGUUUAAGCAUUUACGCAGCUUUGGCUUAUGCUGAGGGUGUUGCUAAUUUGGCUCGAUUUAGCAAUCCCAUUUUUGGAUCUCAGUUACAACAAGGUAAAUAUCCUGACGGUUUAGAUCCUCGAACCCAUCUUAUGGGACAAGAGGUCCAAAAACGCUUACUAAUUGGUGCAUAUUCUUUAUCUUUUGGAAAGGACAACCGCAUAAAUCAAAAAGCUCAGCUUAUGAGACGAGCUGUUCAAAUGGAAUUUAAUAGAUCCUUUAGAAUUCCUUCGUUACAAGCAUCAGAUCCAUCUGGUGAUGUUGACUUCAUUGUUACACCCUCCUUUUUAAAACCAAGUCAGCCGAUUGGAGCAAGUACUCCUACUGACUUUUUGUCAGACAGCAUGUUGGUACCAUCAAGUUUAGCAGGUUUACCAUCUAUUAGUAUUCCUUUUGGCAAGGUAUGCGGUGGCUUACCAAUGGGAAUGCAAUUAAUUGCUCAAUAUGGUGAUGAUGAAUCUUUGUUAUCUUUCUCCAAACGUUUCACUUAA